AUGGUUGAUUGCAUUGACGAAUACUUGGGAUCAGAAUACACAUGCCAAUUUGAUUUCUUGUUGGAAUCAAUGCAGUCAGAAUUAAUGCAUCCUAAUGAGCGUAAACUUUCAUUUGUUGACUUACUGAGUCACUCCUACGCACAUUACACAGAUGUAAUCCUUACACAGAUCCCUAGCAUAGAUUCUAUGCCAGAGCACUUCGACGAGCAAACACUUACACAAUCAUUCACUCAAGAGGAUUGCGAGGUCAAACUGAAUCCCUUGAUUUAUGAGGUCUAUGAGACCCAAAUUCAAAAGCAAAAGAAAAAAAAGCCUAUUGUCGCUAAGGACACAAUUGUUGUCAUACACAAGCCUGUCGAGCUCACUCCAGACCACAUCAUCGGGACAAUUACGCUAGAAGAGCGCCGAAAAAAGAUCAAAAAAUACCUGGAGAAGAGGCAGAGGCGAACGUGGAACAAAAAGAUCUCUUAUGACUGCCGAAAGCGAGUCGCUGACGGCCGAUUAAGGAUCAAAGGGAGAUUUGUGACAAAAGAACAGGCAAUCGCCAUUCUUGGGAUUGACCACCCAGCUGUACAAAAUUUGUUAGCGAUGGAAAGGGAAAGCCAGAAUAAUUAG